CGGUCCUGUCAGUACCUGUCACUCAGUACCUAGGUGGCCAGACUCUUCUGCUGCACAGGGAUCAGGACCCUUCAUAGCGCAUUUGUCUCAAGAUUGCUGAAUCUGUUGAUUGCUGAUGGCUGAUGGCUGUGCCAACUUUAUGGGAACAUGGUGCGUCGUAUCUUACACUUUGGACCCUAAUGUGGCCGAAUGGAUCCUGGAUACGGCAGCUAGCUCCUUCCAAGAUGACGAGAAAUUCGACAAUGUUGUUUCUUCCGUCGAGGCAAAAGUGGAAUCUGGAUGCCCUACUUGGCCGCAUGAAGGUUGAAGAGAACGUUCUGGAUGCUGGCACCCUCGUAUGUGUAUAAAAGUCGCCGUCACCCAGGCAUCACCAAGGACCUUUCUGUGAUCAUCCGGCAAGCAGGUAUCCGUCCAUUCAGACAACGACAACAACCAUACGGUAGACUACCUACAACGACAAGGAGAACAACCACAACUACAACCACAACCACAACCACAACAACCACAACC